AUGGCGCCUCCACGCCGGCCGAGCAUGGGGCGGCAGAAGAUCGAGAUCCGGCGCAUAGAGAGCGACGAGGCGCGGCAGGUGUGCUUCUCCAAGCGCCGCGCGGGGCUGUUCAAGAAGGCCAGCGAGCUCUCCAUCCUCUGCGGCGCCGACGUGGCCGCCGUCGUCUUCUCCCCCGCCGGCAAGGCCUUCUCCUUCGGCCACCCAUCGGUGGAGUCCGUCGUCGAGCGCUUCCUCGCCUCCUCCUCCUCCCCCUCGCCUGCAGGUGCCGGUGCCGGUGCCGGCCACUCCUCUGCCGGCGGCGGCGAGGACCGCACGGUGUCGGAGCUGAACCGCCAGCACGGCGAGCUGCGCGCGCAGCUGGACGCGGAGAAGACGAGGCAGGAGCUCGCGGACGAGGCGAUCCGGAAGGAGCGCGAGGCGAGGAGCCCCGCCAUGGCGUGGAUCGACGCGGACCUGGGCGCCAUGGGCCACGACGACCUGGUCGCGUUCUGGGCCGCGCUGGCCGGCGUGCAGGCCGCCGUGGCGGCCAGCGCCGACCAGCUGCUGCGUGACGCGCUGCUCGUUGGGCGCAGGGGCCGGCACCAGCAGCCCGCCCAGCUUGCCGGUGAUGGUGUGGCCUUUGACGUCGGCGCGUUUGGCAUUGGCGUGCAGGUGCAGCCGCCUCCAGGAUUCGCCGGCGUCGACCUGCAGGGGUUCGGAGGACAGGCUGCUGCCAUCCUCGGCGCCGCCGGUCCCUCAUGA